AUGGCCGAAGACCAUUGGCGUGCCUUGCUGUCCUAUUGGGCUACAAAUGACAGAUAUAAAAAGCGUUCCACGGCUAAUAAAAGGAAUAGAGCAAGUUCAAGACAAGCUCGCCACACACAAGGUUCGGUUACUAGUGCAACCCACGCGAGACAUAUGGCAAAAGAUCUUGGAAGAGAUCCCUAUGUAGACGAGCUUCAUCGAGAAAACCAUAUUAUACAUGGUACGGAUGUCUACGUUGAUGAUCGCUCCUAUAAUACACAGGUAGCUUUUCGGGAGGAGGUACGACUAUUCUUGGAAGAGUCACGAGAAUAUUCGACCUAUGAAGAAUUGCCUGAUGCGAUCAAGCUCGAACUUUGGAGGAAGGUAUCAGGACCCGGGACAAAGCAUAAGUGGUAUGGUCUUGGUCGGAAUGCUCCCCUCAUGGAGCAUGGAUCUGUAAUCAAUGAGCCUUCAUUUGGAGAAGGGUCUUCAAGUAACCAGGAAACAUUGCCUCCUCAUGUGAUUGCCCAGAUAGAACAUUUGACACAGGAGUUGCAGGCUCAUAAGCUAAUGGAGCAAGAGUUGCGGGACAAGAUGGAACGGGACGCUGAGCAAUAUAGAGCAUUUCAAGAAAGCGUUGAUCGACGAUUUGAGGAAUUGAUCGCAAGCACAUCAAGGCGAGUUGGUGUUGAAGAAAAUGGUUCAGAUGAGUCACACAAUCCCAACAUUGAGGAGGAUGAAAGUGAUGACACCAAUUAA